AAGUAACCGCUGACCAGCUGCAGACUCACCCUCGUGUGAAGCGAAACAAUCAUGACCUCCAAACUUGUUCCACAGAAAUCUAAUAAUUUAUUCGGGACGGAGCAAUGGAACAAGCUUAUGAAAGAGGUUUCUCGUCCUUAUGAAUGGCACAGUGAAUAUGAGAUUCUGUGCGAUUUGAUGCAUAAGUAUGUCAAGUUGAACGACAGGCUUUUGAGGCUCGCUUGUGGGGACUCCAAACUUGGAGAAAACCUUUACGAUGUCGGGUACCGAAACAUCAUAAGUGUGGAUUCAUCUGAAAAGGUUAUCAAGAAGAUGAGGAAAAGAAAUGACUCUGGGAAACGGGAUAUGGAGUAUACUAGGAUGGACGUCACAGAUCUGAAGUAUGAUGAUGAAAGCUUCAACGUUGUAUUUGACAAGCAAUGGCUUGACUAUACCUUCACAAACACAAGUGAAGACAUUCUUAAAAAAGUAGACAAAACAUUCGCAGAGAUCCAAAGAGUUUUGAAAGUUGGUGGUCGCUUUAUAGUCUGCACUCUUGCUCAGGAUCAUAUUCUUGAUAAACUGUUGGCCCACUUCUCUCAAGGGUGGCUAGUAAGAGUACACAAGCUUAGACAUCAUGAAAAAGCAUCCACCCUUAGAGCAGUGUUUGCUUUUGUUUUUACCAAGACAAAGUCAUCAGGACAACAGUCACCGUUUAAAGUCCUUGAGCUAUGUAUUGAUGACUCAGAUACAAUUCAAAGAGUACAAACUAUAGACGAAAUGAAAGAAGCUAUAGUAGUGAAGCAGAGAUAUGCCCUCAUAAGGGACAUGAUUGCAUUGAAGUUUCACCCUGGUGAGAACUUUACUUUUGACUUUUGGAGCACUGAUCCCCAGAUGAAGGAGCCAAGGUUUUCAUUAACAGUUGUUGAUUCUGAGCAACACAGAAAUCAAAAUGGGAUAUUUGCUAUUUUCAUAGUUCCACAAGGUAGGGAAACUGAAUGGUUGUUUUCCUCUGAUGAUGGCCUAGCUCAAAUCAGUUCGGAUGCAGGGUACCAAAGACUUGUUGUGGUAUCAUUGAACCGUGGCCAUAAAUAUACCAGCAUGGACCAUAUAAAGGAGGAGUUGUCAUCAAAGGUCAUGGAUUUGGCUCCAGAAGGUCUUACUGACAAAACAAAGGUGCCAUUCUUGUCAGUAGGCGGGGAUAUCGGCAUCCGCAAGACUGUGCACGAAGGUUCCAGCUCGCUUAGUGGUGAUUACAUAGUUGAGGACAUCACUAUUGGAGAAGACACAUUCAGGAGACUUGUUUUCCUCAUUAACCCGCACGGUAUCCAGUCUGAAGCAAAGCUCUUUACUGCCAAGGAUGGCAAGAAGAAAGCAGGCCACAUAGAUUUCUCAUUUCUCACUCACUCACAUCACAAGGCUAUGGUUGCAGGUCUGGCAUUAGUAGACAAGCUUCUUGAAAAAGAAAAGAAGAAGCAGGCCCUCAUUGUAGGUCUUGGUGGAGGUGGUCUUGCAAUGUUUAUUUAUCAGUUUUUCUCUCAGGUUGCAAUAGAUGCUGUUGAGCUUGAUGAAGCAGUUGUUAGCGUCGCCAAGACUCAGUUUGGUUGCAUCGAAGAUAAGCGCCUCGCGAUUCAUGUAAAAGAUGGGCUAAAGUUUAUUGAGGAAUCCCAUAUAAAAGUGCCCAGACCGCAGUACCAUGCCAUCAUGUUUGACAUCGACUCUAAGGAUGUCACUGUGGGAAUGAGUGCCCCAUCAAAGGACUUUGUUACCCCGGCCCUGCUAACGCGUGUCAAGGAGUUGCUGCAUAAUGAAGGAGUAUUCGUGCUUAACCUGGCGUGCCGAGACAAACAGCUCAAGGCGUCUGUAAUUGAAGACAUCAAGGCGAGCUUCCCCCGAGUGUACCUGGUGGAUAUUGAUGAUGAUGUCAACGAUGUGUUGUUUGCAAAGCCUCAACCGCCAGCAGAACCCAAACAGGAUUUGCUUGUGGUACGCUCGUCAGUAGAUAAUCUGCAGAAACAUGGCAAGAGUACUGGACUGUGGAACGGUGAAUGUGACUUGUGUGAAAUGGUGGAGGGUUUGCAGAUCGCGUAGCCAAGCCUGUUCUGCCAUAAGCAUACUGUUUUUUGAUGGGUCAAGAUAUAUGGAAAUAUAAUGGAAAUAAAAGUAUGAAAGGAUAA